AUGGACCUGGUAGCAUCCUUCACACACGAUGUGGAAACAGCACUAGCAGCCGGGAAAAAAGUGACCAUAAUCACCAUGGACGUGCAAGACGCCUUUGAUGCACUGCUCAAAAAACGACUCCUUGCUAGAAUAACGAAACAAGGCUGGCCUAAGAACCUAUUCCUGUUAAUUAACUCUUUCCUGACGGAAAGGAAAGUCAGAGUAUGGCUAGAGCAAGUUACAACCAGGGAACACCCAAUAACCUGCAAAACCCCUCAAGGCUUCUCUUUAUCACCAGUCCUGUAUAUGCUGUAUCUGGUGGAAUUACUCUCAGAAGACACCUCCCUCAGGUUCGGGUAUGUUAUUGAAUGUGCAGGUAAAGCCAGGGCGGUGGCAAAGCAUAUCCGAGGCCUGGUUAAAGUUAUGCAAGGCCCCCCGGUGUACGCUAUGCGCAAGGCAGUAACGAUAUGUGUACUACCCUCACUCCUAUACGGGACUGAGGCCUGUGCCCACCUUGGCUGGCAUGUGACACAAAUCAAAAAGAUCCUCACAGUGGCAACACAAAGAAUCAUACCAGCCUGGAAAACCACACCGGUGACUGCCCUCUAUCAUGAAACAGGUCUCCCCUCAGCCAUGGCAGCCCUCAAAGAAGCCAAACUGAGGUUUGCCCUACGCCUCCAAAGUAUAAAUACAAUUCAUCUGUUUACGAAAAGAAUCGAAUCCUCUAUAAUCGUCAAAAGGCGAGAUACGGGUUCAAGACAAAGAGCGAAGACUAAAGUCCAACAAUUUGGUCUUCUUAUCCCCCCAAUCCCAAGGUCUAUACUCGAGUCAUUAUGGUAUACAACCGAUUACCGAAUAGAUCCAAUGGAAGGGACUGAUAAGAAAACGGCUGUAAAGGCCUUUAAUAUCUGGUGGGAAAACCUGUACACCAACCAGAAAAUCUGGAUGUGCAUCGAUAGCAUCUCGGUCAUCUGGGGCAUGAGGGCCAACGCCUCUAUGUCAUUACAAUGGGUAUUCAACAACUGCUACAAGGCUAUGAAGGACAACGACAUUCGCGUCAAGUGGUCACCGGGACAUGAAAGCAUCGAGGGAAACGAGGCGGCCAACCACUUUGCCGACCUUAGCGCCAAGAAACUCAGUUGGGACACUGGACCAGUAUCAUAA